GUUCACAGAAAAAUAUCAUAUGAAGCAAACCUAGAAGUCAGAAAAUGAAAUAUCCACAAUGGUUGAAUCUUAUCGUACUGCUUUUAUUUUUGGGUAGUGGCAUUUCAAGCCCCAGCUUAACUACCCAACUUAUACACAAAUGGGUAUCGGGUCCCAAACAUAUUCCACCUGGCGUUCUCAUCUGUCAUCCGGUAGUGCUGACGGCUCUCGAAACCCUUUCAGUUUUGACAGAUGGUGAAACCCAUAAGGAGUUCAAUGGCUUAUAUGUACGGCCACUUCGAAAUAUAAGUGAAAGCUUGUGGUUUAACCACACGAAUACACUGCUCUUAAGAGCUGGAACUGAAGUACUCGAUUCCGGAAUAAAAGCCAUUGAGAACCUAGCCACACUUCAGUUUAUAGACUUUAUCUACCCGAGACGCAGUCUGUAUAAGUUCAAUGAAGCCUUGAAAGAGACCCACCAGAGUUCCUAUUUUCCCUCUAUCCUGCAGCGACGUUAUAUAAAUUGGGAUACAGAACUGAUUUCUGUUGGAACCGCCACCAUGACCGCUCAUUGGAUCCACAAUUUUGAGCCCAAAAACUCCGGAUUGCGGGUUUUCCAUAGCCAGCUCGAUGAACACGGCGGGAUACGACCGGUGGCCAUUGAUUUUAUGUCAAUAGUAGGUAACUUUCUGUUUAGUGAGUUUGAUGGAUUGCAACUGCUACACCUGCCGCUGAAUCACAAUCUCACCCUGCUCAUUCUACUAAGUCGCCAGGUUAUUGAUAAGAAAUCCUAUGAGAUUCCUAAUCAAUACAAUCCUCUUGAACUAUUAAAAAAGGGAAAAAUGGAGUUCGUGGAGGUGCAGAUGCCCAAGAUCGAGUUCGAAUAUCGCGCCGAACUUGUGCCCAGAGCCCUCAACGGAAUGGGUAUUCGUCGGGUUCAUCAGAAAAAUGCUGACUUCAGCAAACUUACUUCUAGCAAAAUUAAGCUUUCAAGCAUGGUGCAUGCCACAUCUAUUCGAAUCGAUGAGUUCGGCAUCAACGAGGAACCUUUUGAAAUUGCGCAUUCUUCCCCACUGGAGUCAGAAACAGAGAAGCUGACGUUCAUUGCGGAUCGCCCAUUCUUUUUCUCAAUUCUUAACGAAUCGCAGCUUCUUUUCAGUGGCGAGUUUUUAGGUCCGUAAGACUUGAUUAUAAAUGUUCUUAACUCUAGUGAAAUAUAUAUUUAU